GUUGAGAGACAUCGCCACUUGAGAAAAUGAGCUUUUAUUUUGUAGUUUCGGACACAGACAGAUGCUGUGAGAUGAGGUUGGAAACAAUGUGUGGAUAAUUCAUUUUUAGCCUUGUUUUAGUGAUACUGGGACUUUUCCUUUUUGGCUAACAAAGACAAGUUGCUGUUUAUACUUCAAAAAGUCAAGGAAUUUGAGUAUAUAUAUUUUUCACAGCACAUUUUUCUUUUUUCACUGAGAAGUGCUUCUCUUUUACACUUUUUCUUACUACUACUGAGAUUUCAGCCAUGUUACGUUGCAUUCUUCAGCGAGCCAACAACCUGAGGCACUCUCACCCCCUGGCUAGUGUCACCUUCAGAGGGUCCAAGAAGAAGACCAAGGUUAUCAAGAACAACCCUAACCCUGUUUGGAAUGAGGGUUUUGAAUGGGAUCUCAAGGGGAUACCGCUGGAUUCUGGAGCAGAACUGCACUGUGUCGUCAAAGACCACGAGAAGAUGGGCAGAAACAGGUUCCUGGGAGAAUGCCGACUGGGUCUACGAGAUGUGCUCAACUCUCCCAGCUUGGCCGCCUCCUUCACUGUAUCCUUGCUGGACACCAAGAGAAACAACACGGGGGCCACGCUGACCCUGCAGGUUUCCUACCUCCCUCCUCCAGGAAUGGCUCCAAUCUCCCAUCCUCAUCCCCAGCCUGAGCCCCUGCCCCAUACCAACCCCACCGUGGAGCUCGACACUGUCACAGUGAUUUCUCUGGACACGCUGGGCGAGGAUGAUACAGAGAGUAUGAUGAUGGUAGAGCCCGCCGAGGAUCAGGGGCCGGACGAUGGACGCUCCAUCGUUGGUCCUCAGGGACCCCCGGGUCAGGAGUCCCCCACUGCCCAGACACCCAAACGCUCACCACCCUCCUACAACAUCCAUGGAGGACUGAGGAAGAGGAGAAAAGGAGCCAGCAGUCAACCUAAAACGCUGCCCAACAAACCACAGGACUUUCAGGUUCGUGUUCGGAUCAUCGAGGGGCGACAGUUGCCGGGCAUUAACAUCAAACCUGUUGUCAAGGUAACACUAGCCGGGCAGACCAAGAGGACCCGUAUCAGAAAAGGCAACAACCCAGUUUUUGACGAGACAUUCUUCAUGAACCUCUUUGAGAUGCCAUCAGAUUUGUUUGAUGAACCAAUCUUCAUCACUGUGUGUGACUCUCGCUCACUUAGAACUGAUGCUGUGAUUGGUGAAUUCAAGUUGGAUGUGGGCACUGUCUACAAUGAGCACAGACACUGCUUCUUGAGAAAAUGGCUGCUGCUGGGUGACCCCGAUGACCUUUCUGCUGGAGUCAAAGGUUAUUUGAAAGUCAGCCUGUUCGUCUUGGCGGCUGGAGAUGAGCCACCGGCUGAUAAACGAGAGUGUGUGGAGGAUAAAGAAGAUAUAGAAGGAAACUUGCUGAGGCCAGCUGGUCUGUCUCUGAGAGGAGCAACUUUCACCCUGAAGCUCUUCAGAGCUGAAGACCUUCCACAGAUGGACGAUGCUUUCAUAGACGGGAUGAGGCAGAUCUUUGGGUUUGAUAGCAACAGAAAGAACCUGGUGGAUCCUCUGGUGGAGAUCCACUUUGCUGGGAAGACGAUCUGCACUAAGAUUCUGGAGAAAAAUGCCAAUCCCCAGUGGAACCAGAGUUUGACCAUGCCUAUUAGGUUUCCCUCCAUGUGUGAGAAGAUGAGGAUCAGAAUUCUUGACUGGGACAGAGCCAGUCACAACGAUGUCAUUGGCACCACCCACCUGUGUAUCUCAAAGAUCUCUGCCCCUGGUGGAGAGAUAGAUGAUGACUUGACUCCACGGACCAACCACUCCGGCAUUGAUGACACUCUUGGUUUCCUGCCUACGUUUGGGCCAUGUUUUGUCAACCUGUACGGCAGCCCCAGAGAGUUCACGGCUUUCAGUGACCCCCAUGAACCUUUAAAUCUUGGGAAGGGGGAGGGCGUGGCGUAUCGAGGUCGGGUUUUACUAGAGCUAACCACGAAACUGGUGGACAAGCCAGAACAGAAAACAGAAGACAUCCCAUCAGAUGAUCUGCUCAUUGUGGAGAAGUUUCUCAGGAAGAGGAAGUUCUCACUCUUCGUAGCAUUUUACUCGGCCACACUCCUCCAGGAUGUUGAUGAUGCCAUCCAGUUUGAGGUCAGCAUUGGUAACUACGGCAACAAGUUUGACCACACCUGUCUCCCUCUGGCCUCCACCACCCAGUACAGCAGGGCAGUGUUUGACGGUUGCCACUACUAUUACCUCCCGUGGGGAAACGUUAAGCCGGUGGUGGUUCUGUCUUCAGAGUGGGAAGAUGUCAAACCGAGGAUUGAGGCUCUCAACAUGCUGCUGGCAAUCACAGACAGACUGGAGGCAAACCUGCAGCGGGUGCAGCUGGAAGUGAAGGCAGGCAGUGACCUGGAGGAGGUGGAGCUGCGAGUGGUGGAGCUGUUGGAUCAGCUCAUCGCAGACUGCAGUGAAGAGCUGCCCUCUAUUGACCAGUGGCAGUGUUCCACCCCUUUGGACCGCUCCCUGAGACACAUCCGUAUUUUGCAUCUGCAGCAGAUUGUUGCAGCAGCACUCGCUCUCAAACACGGACCGGCCACUGAGCUCUCCACAGUGCUGGAGCAGGCUGAGGACUGGGUCAACAGAUUGAAGACCAUGGCUGAAGAGCCCCAGAACAGUCUUCCAGAUAUAGUGAUAUGGAUGCUGCAGGGUGACCGCAGGGUGGCGUACCACCGCAUCCCAGCACACACUGUGAUCUUCUCCCAGCAGCACUGUGGGAAGCACUGUGGACAGCUGCAGACCAUCUUCCUUAAGUACCCACAGGGCAACGGUGGAGAAGCCAAACUUCCCGGUCAGCUGAGAAUCAAAGUGUGGUUUGGAUUGUCUGCAGAUGUCAAACACUUUAACCAGUACGCUGAAGGAAAACUGUCUGUCUUUGCUGAGACGUAUGAAAACCAGACCCGACUCGCCCUGGUGGGCAGCUGGGGAACCACAGGUCUGACCUACCCCAAAUUCAGCGAUGUCACUGGAAGAGUUAAACUGCCCAAAGAGAGCUUUAAACCCUCUCCUGGCUGGGCCUGGGCUGGUGACUGGUACAUCAGCCCAGUGAAGACAAUGCUGUUUGAUGUGGAUGCUGGUCAUAUGACCUUCACAGACGAAGUGUUUGAAAACCAGAUGAGGUUGCCAGGUGGACAGUGGAUCUGUAUGCCAGAGGGGUACACUGAUGUGAAUGGGGAGAAAGCAGUGCCAAAGGAUGAGGUGGAAUGCCCUCCUGGUUGGGUGUGGGAGGAGGUGGAGUGGAGCGAAGAUCUCAACAGGGCUGUGGAUGAUCAAGGCUGGGAGUACAGCAUAACCAUCCCCCCAGAUCGUCGUCCCAAGUCGUGGGUUCCGGCAGAGAAGAUGUACCACACCAAUCGACGAAGACGAUGGAUACGGAUGAGACGACGAGACCGGCAGAAGACGGAUGCUCUCAGAAAACAGCGUCCAGACGAGACAGAAAGAGAGGGCUGGGAGUACACCUCGCUGUUUGGCUGGAGGUUCCACCUGAAGCCAAGGAAGACAGACAGCUUCAGAAGGCGCAGGUGGAGGUGCCGCAUGGAGCCGCUGGAGAAGACGGGACCGGCUGCCAUCUUUGCCCUAGAGUGUUCUCUGAGCAGUAUAGAGGACAAGAAUGAUGACAAGUCAGUCACAACCACGUUCGGAGUCAACAGACCCACUAUUUCCUGUUUCUUUGACCGUGGCACCUGUUACCACUUGCGCUGCUACCUGUACCAAGCCAGAGAACUGUUGGCCAUGGACAAAGACAGCUUCUCAGACCCCUACGCCAUUGUGUCAUUCCUCCAUCAGUCCCAGAGGACGGUGACGGCGCGUAACACUCUGAAUCCCACCUGGGACCAGACACUUAUCUUCUACGAGUUGGAGAUUUUUGGUGACCCAGAGGUCGUGAUGUCCAGUCCUCCUAAAGUGUUGGUGGAGCUUUAUGAUCAGGAUACAUAUGGUGCAGAUGAGUUCAUGGGGCGCUGCGUGUGCCAACCCACCUUGACCCCCUCCCCCCGUUUGGCCUGGUUCCCCAUUCUGCGAGGGAACAAGAACGCCGGCGAGCUACUGGCUGCCUUUGAGCUCAUACGUAGAGAAAAGCCGGCAAUUCACCAUAUCCCAGGUCAAGAGGGAGACAUCAUGACCUCCACCCACGUUCUAGAUGAGUUGAUGUUUCCAGGAUUCCUCUCUGAAAACCUGCAGAAAUGGCCAGAGGAGUCGGACCUUCCAUACCCACCACCUCAGAGAGAGCCCAACGUCUUCAUGAUUCCUCAGGGAAUCAAACCUGUUCUGCAGAGAACUGCCAUUGAGAUAUUAGCUUGGGGAGUUCGUAACCUGAAGAGUUUCCAGCUGGCCAGUGUUACCUCCCCAAGCCUGCAGGUGGAAUGUGGAGGCGCCAUGGUCCAAAGCUGUGUCAUCCGAGGCGUGAAGAAGAAGCCCAACUUUGACAUCAAUACGCUCAUCCUUGACGUGAGACUUCCCCGUGAAGAACUGUAUAUGCCGCCAAUCAUCAUCAAAGUCAUUGAUAACCGUCAGUUUGGAAGGAAGCCGGUGGUUGGUCAGUGUACCAUCCGGUCCCUCGAGGAGUAUCGGUGCAACCCAGAGGAUGAUCACGCAGCGGCGGCCAAGGAGGAGGAAGGAUGGCGCCGUGAGAUGCCUCACUUAAUGUCUGAGGAGGUUUUUAUUGACAUUGGUGAUGAGGAGCCACUAGUUACUGAUCAGCUUGCAGAUGGAGCCAGUUCAGCUAUCAUUAACCUUUCUGCCUCUAGUUCCAGCCUUCAUAUGCAACCUUGGGGAGAAGACUUCAUGGACUGGUGGAGUAAGUUCUACGCCUCAACAGGAGAGAAAAACAAAUGUGGAACGUACCUAGAAAGAGGCUUUGACACUCUGACGGUGUAUGACCGGGAGUUGGAGAAGGUCGAAGGCUUUAGUGGUUUUUCAGAUUUCUGUCAAACAUUCAAACUGUACAGAGGAAAGACUCAGGAUGAAGGAGAAGAUCCCUCAGUGGUGGGAGAGUUCAAGGGUAUGUUUAAGAUCUACCCGCUACCAGACGACCCCUCCACCUCUGCUCCCCCAAGGCAGUUCAGAAAGCUCCCUCCCAAUGGCAUUGAGGAGUGUUUGGUCCGGGUCUACAUCAUCCAGGCUCAGGGACUGCAGCCCAAAGAUGCCAACAGCAAGUGUGACCCCUAUGUGAAGAUCACCUUGGGAAAAAAGACCAUCAGCGACCACGAAAACUACAUCCCCUGUACAUUGGACCCUGUCUUUGGGAAGAUGUUUGAACUCAACUGUUCCCUCCCUCUGGAGAAGGACCUCCGGGUGAUGUUGUAUGACCAUGACAUGCUAACCAAGGACGAGAAGAUUGGAGAGACAGUGGUGGACCUGGAGAAUCGCUUCCUAUCCAGAUACGGAGCCAUGUGUGGCCUGCCGCAGUCCUACUGUGUAUCAGGGAUAAACCAGUGGCGAGACCAGAUGACACCCAGGCAGCUGUUGUUCAGAGUGUGUGAGCGACAAAACCUGCGAAAGCCCACCUAUGAGAACGACACGGUCUACUUCAGAGGAGAUCAAUACACUGCUGCAGACCUCGAGGACAAACAUGAAUCUAAACGUCACCUCGGUCCAAUUAAGGAGCAACUGUCCCUCCACAUCUUGGGGAAACUGGGACUGGUACCUGAACAUGUGGAGACCAGAUCCCUAUACAGCCCAUUGCAACCUGACAUAGAGCAGGGGCGUCUGAUGAUGUGGGUGGACCUGUUUCCCAAGGCCCUGGGGCCACCUGGGCCUGCCUUCAACAUCACACCACGCAAGGCUAAAAAGUUUUUCCUGCGUUGCAUCAUCUGGAACACCAGUGAUGUCAUCCUGGAUGAUGUCAGCAUCAGCGGGGAGAAAAUGAGCGACAUCUAUGUUAAAGGCUGGCUCGACGGUCACGAACACAACAAGCAGAAGACUGACGUCCACUACCGCUCCCUUGGCGGAGAAGGAAACUUCAACUACAGAUUCCUGUUUCCCUUCCACUAUUUACCAGCAGAACAGCUCUGUGUUGUUGACAAAAAGGAACAUUUCUGGAGUUUGGACAAAGCUGAGACUAAACUGGCUCCUAAACUGACCAUCCAAAUCUGGGACAACGACAAGUUCUCCUUUGAUGACUACCUCGGUCACCUGGUGAUGGACCUGAACCGCAUGCCGCGUCCAGCCAAAACUCCAGGGAAAUGCGGCCUGCAGCUGUUUGAUCAGCCAAAGGACAGGCUGGUGUCUCUGUUCGAACAGAAGACUGUCAAAGGGUGGUGGCCCUGCAUCUGUGAGAAAAAUGGAGAGAAGAUCAUUGCUGGAAAAGUGGAGGUAUCAUUAGAGAUCGUGACAGAACAGGAGCAAGAGGAGAGACCAGCUGGCCUCGGUAGAGACGAACCCAACAUGAACCCUCACCUGGAGGAACCUCAGCGUCCUGAGACCUCCUUCCUGUGGUUCUCCUCCCCUUAUAAGACCCUCAAGUUCAUUCUCUGGAGGCGCUUCAAGUGGUUCAUCAUCCUGUUCAUCAUUCUCUUCUUCAUCCUCCUCUUCCUCGGCGUUUUUCUAUACGCAUUCCCGAACUAUGCUGCAAUGAAGAUGGUGGGACCCUUUGGACCUCCCAAGGCAGCACAGUGAUGAUGGAAGAGUCCAGGGAUGCAGAAAAAAGAACCAAACCAUGAACAAGCAGACACACUGAAGUUUUCUGAGAGUGAAAUAAGGUUACAUUUCUGCUUCUUCAUGCCUAUUUCUUUCUUCAAAUGUCUUCCUGAAGUUGUUCAGAGCAAGUGAUAACAGCAGCGAUCAGCUUGUGAACUGUGACUCUGUGUGUUCCAGACAGAUGUUUAUACAAACAGGCCUCAUUCACAAUAGUGCCUGAGGUUCACUUGUGUGUUUGUGAGUCCAUUUGUGCCUUUACUGUUAGAUGUGCCCACCAACGUCUUUCCAUUCAUCAGACAACCUGCCUUACUGUACUGGAUGUGCUUCCAAAGAUCAGAUUAGAUCUCAGCAUGUGUCAUCUGUGUCUUCAGCCUACCUACUCGUCACCCCGCCGUCAUUUUUCUCAUCUCUCUUUCCGGAUCAUCCGCGUUCAUACAGAGAAGAGGGAGAAUGAAUGCUCGUCGCCAAUGCCCCCACGUCUGAAAAAGCAGAAACAGAAUAAAAGAUUGAGAUGUUGCAACUGUCAACAUCAGGUGAGGCAGCACUGACUGAACGGCAUCAAAAUGGCAAACCUUAUCACGGUUUAAUUAAUUGUAAAACCCUUAAUGCAAGGUAUGUUAUGCCAUUGUCACAUAUGCUGCCUUCAAGUGCAAUCAGGUCUUAAAAAUCAAGUCAGACUUGUGUUAUUAAAAAAAUCUGAUGCAUGUUUUCAUCUUUGGUUAUGGAUGUUAUGUGUAGGAGCCCUGUGCCAACUGGGAUUGGCUUCACCCCCACCCCUGAAACCUUUUUCUGGAUAAAUGGUGUUGAUAAUGGAUGGAUGGAUGUUAUGUGUAGAUCUAAUAUGCUGCCUUCAGGUGCUGUGGGAAGGUUUGUCUUUUAAUGUCUCAGCAGUUACCAGUGUACAAAAAUACUGUUUAAAAUACAAAAAUUUAGUAACAGCCAUUAGGUUUUUUCCUUUUUUCCUUGUAUUCCACAUCCUCCUUCUUCUUCUUCUGCACUUCCUUCUUCUGCAUCAAUAUUUGCUCUUCCUUCUUUUUAUCCUCAUUCUUUUCUCCCUCCCCCUUUAUUGUUUUUCCUCUUCCUCCUUGAUCCCCACCUUUUCUUCACCUCUAUAUCCUUUUUUUUUUCUACUACCUGAAAUUAGUUUCUGUCUUCUCGUAUUCCCUAUCCUCCCUCCCCUUCAGUCUUGUAGCACUCUCAAGGUUCGGCGGGUUAAGUUGGAGAUUUAUUCCUGUUGAUCUUGCACUUUACUAGCACAAAGUAUGUUUUCAGAUAGAUGGAUGUCAGCAGAGGGCAGCACAGUGGUGCAGUGGUUAGCACCGUUGCCUCACAGCAAGAAGGCUCCGGGUUUGGGCCCCACCCGGGACCCUGUUCAGGGAUUAAGCAGUAGAAGAUGAAUGGAAUGGAAUGGAAUGAAUGUCAGCAGAUAAGGACACACACACUGUGCUGAUGAAACUGAAUGAAAACUGGAGUAAUGUUAGUCUUUGAUGUAAUCUGCAUUUUUCUGGCUCAUGUGGGUCAGAACAGAUGUAUGAUCGCAGUCCAUAGACAAAGACAGACACAUUGCCUGAACAGGAGAGGGAGACUAAUCCGCUCAGAUUCUAUGGGAUUUCCUGAAGCAUGUUAGUUUAUCUGCGUGUGUGUGUGUGUGUGUGUCAGUGUCUUAUCCUUAAAUAAACCUGGAAGACUUAGCAGUCAAAGCAAAACAUGGAUGGACGAUAAAGAUGAAUUAAGUCAUAAUUAGAAAGAUGGAGAAGAGGGUGAGAGAAAUACUUGCAUCCAUUCUCUUCUUUUCUUGUAUUUCAUUUUGCAUCUGUUUGUUCUCAGUCUAAAUUUACUUUUUCUCCUCAUUUCAUUUGCUAUGGUCCUGAUCAGAGUGGAAAAGUUGACUUAGACUUAUUUGUUUUAGUUUUAGUUUCAUGCCAGUGAAUUACAAGCCAACCAGGCCCUGUAAACAAAAGUCACAUGGACUCACAAGGAGCUCAUUUAUUGGACGGAGCUUUGGUAACCUGUUGUCCUGCCAGGUCGGAGUGAUCCUCAGAUAAUUUACCUUCUCCGGAGUUUUAAAAUCAACACAUAGCAAACAUUUGAUUUGCAGCCCAGACUUUUACUCCAAAAUUCAAAUUAGCUUUCAAAACAUGAGGAACUUGUUAUCAGAUGUCAACAUUUCUUUCCUUGUACCCAUAAACUCUAGCAUUUUGUUUCCUGCAGAGUUGGAAUAGCAUUGUUGCCCCUAAGAAACCAUGGUACAUUUUGUGUGGAGGGAGGCGUCACUGUCAACUUACUAUUGUUGAAAUGGCCCUAGUCUCUCCUCUCACAGAAUCAUCAUAAAAAGACUCAAUGCUUCCGAGAAUGAAUGGAAAACACUAAAGAUUAAUCACUUCUACAAACAGUUGAAUCAAUCAUUUAGGCACCACUGCAUUGGUCAGGUUCCUACUCAUUUUCUAUGCACCAUUUUUGAGGGGUGGGGGUGGGCAAUGUGUAUGUGAUAUCAUAUUCUGGCACCAUGGUGGCUGCUGGAAAUGAUGCACUGCAGGCACACUGUGGCUCAAAUCAUUAUUUUAUGGCCACAACACUGACAGACAAAAAAUACUGUUAGGUUCAGCUAUAGUGACAUUCAAAAUGAAUGAUGGCAGAGUAUUAGAGGCAGCAAAAGGAUCAUCUGUUACCAACUAAACAAGCUGCAAAUGUGUAUCUGUGCUUGUAGAACAACUGAAACUAUGUGAAAGAUGUGGCUGCUGGAGAACAGAUCAUUUAAAGUCGUGACUGAGAUGAGACACGACCAGAUCCUGCGGACAUUUGCUGUGGAAAUAUACUCAAAGCUCAUUGGUUUUAAGAUAGUAAAAUAUACGUAGCUUCUGUUGGGACUUAGACAAGUCUUUAUUUUCUUUAUUUCAUUUUAAGAUCAGUAUUAUUUGUAUUAUUGCUUGAGGUAUUCAGCUGUUUUGGGAAACUAUUUGGGUUGAGUUUUCCUGUUUGUGUUCUUUGGUUCAGGUUACCGCUCCACUUGAGAAGUGGUCUGAGGUUCUUCUCAAUGUUUACUUUGAAAGAAAGUAUCUUUAAGUUUAGAAGAAUGAAUGUCACUACAUAUUUUUGUCCUGCACCUGCUGAAAAGGUCUAUUCAGAUAUAGUGAUGAGCAAAAUGUAAAUAGAUGGCUUGAAAAUGACAGCUUGGUGGAGAAAUGUGCACAACACAGGAGCAAAAAUCAGCGCAACACAAAUAGUAAACUCAUCAGUAAGGUCACUGAUAUAGGUGUUGUCUUCAGGUAGCUGUAAAUAUAAAACAAGGAAAUGACAAAAAAUAACAAAAGGGAAAAAAACAAUGAAAAUUCCCAUUGCUUUGUAUCAGGUGCAUUAACUGAAACAAUCCAGAGCACACCUGAUACCUGUUCAGAAAUGGACAAGAUAAAUCUAUUUUAUGGCAGGAUGUUUGCAUGAACAGAUGAGAAGUUUAUGGAUUUUUGGAAAAAUUAGCACAUUUAAUUUCUAUCUUAGUAUCUUGAAGUAGCCUUAUACAUUUGAGAGAGCUUUAAACAUUCUACUGAUGUAAUAGAAACCCUUUAUUAAAUUCUGCUGUCAGUUUCCAUUUCCAGUGAACGUGCUCUGGAUUGUUUUAGUUAAUUUUCAACACAGCCUCAAUGUCCUUCUUACUAUAAUUUUGUCAAAUCAGCAAUGUUUUUGCCGGAUAUUAUUCUUGUCAGUAAAUGCAACGUGCCUUCAGCUUUUAGCUUUGCUGCUAACACUAACAAUUAAAUGUGCCAAAGAAAGGCAGACUGUUCAUAUGGAAGCUUAAUAUACAAGUUAAAUGAUGUUUACCCAGUAUUUGGCCCCAAAGAUAUCAGGCCUUACCGUCAUACAUCUUCAGAGCCCCACAAUAAGCAACACCAUCUUCCAGACCUACCCAUAACACAAAGCAUCCCUGAAUCAGAUCCUCACCCAAAUAUAGAGCAGAUAUGUGUCUUGACACACAGCUUCUGCAUUGUAUUUACUCAGGUCAAGCAGUGGCUGGUCCAACUGAUUGUCUAGGAAAA